CUGUUUCUUCUGGUAAAGAGAACCCCUCGUAGCCAAUCAGAGAAGGGUUUCCACCGGCUACACUGGGUUGCUCGAUAGAAUCGCCAGUUCGCCAAGUGUAGUUUCACCUCUUGAGGACCUAUAAAUAAGUAUCGUCUCAGAGGAGGAGAGUGUUCUAAUGCCCAUUGAAGAGACAAAAAAGAAAAAAAAAAUUAUAUAUAUAUAGUUUUAGAUAGCUAGGGAAAGAUAAUUUUUUUAAAAAAAUUAUGGAACGUGGAGGCAGGUUUCCUCGCUAUCGCAGGCAUGCAAAACAACCAGCAGCGAGCUCUAGCACCAGCUCCGGUAAAGUUUCGAUUCCAACAGACAUGAGUUUCCUGCAAGCAAACGCCAAUCCCUCCAGCACGAUCAGCCCUAACAAGGCCAACGUGGAGAGCAACUCGUCGACUGCAGCGCAAGCCGCUCAUCCCCAACCUGUUACGGUCCGCGAACAAGACCAGUAUAUGCCAAUAGCUAAUGUGAUUCGCAUCAUGCGUCGCAUCCUUCCAGCUCAUGCUAAAAUCUCUGAUGAUGCUAAGGAAACUAUCCAGGAAUGCGUCUCCGAGUACAUAAGCUUCAUCACUGGAGAGGCCAAUGAACGUUGUCAGCGGGAGCAACGCAAGACUAUCACUGCUGAGGACGUGCUUUGGGCUAUGGGAAAGCUGGGUUUUGAUGACUAUGUUGAACCUCUCACAGUGUUCCUCAACCGCUACCGUGAAACGGAGAAUGAGCGUAGCUAUAUACGUGAUCCCAUCCUGAAGCGCAGUAGCGUUGGAGUUGUGGAAUAUGAAAGUCUAGGGAUGCCUCCUUACAUACCAAGUUAUCCCAGGGGGCCUCCUCCGCAGGGAAUUUUUGAUGGUGCAAUGAUGGGUGGGUACUACAAGGAUACAUCUGAUUCUGCUGCCGGCAUUGGUGGUUCCUCUGAUUCAAAUUCCCUCGCCAACUUUGAUCCAUUUGCUCAGUUUAAGUGACGACAUGAAUGAUAGACAAGAAAGUGCUAGGACUACAAGGAAUAAAAGGGAUAUUAUAAAACUAAUUGAAGAAGAAUAUAGCAUGCAUGGCACAGAUGAGAUGGAGAAGCAAGAUUUCUCCUGUGCCUUGUCUUACUUUGUACCUUUCUUCUUUUCGAACUGCCAAAUUAGUAGGUUUUAUCUGCUCUUAUUUUCAAUCAAAACAAUGAUGCUUCUUUACCAUA